CGACGCCAACUCCGUGCAGCUUAGCUCCCCCACCUUCCCUCUCGAGUCUCCAUCCAUCUUCAGCGGACUUCGGUUUUAUCCUAACCCUAACCUACCCCCGCCUCUCGCGGUCUCGCCCUGUAAGCCCUAGCUUGCGCGCGAUGCAGCCGACGACCCGGGAAAUGCAAGCCAUGGCCGCCGCCGGCCAGAUCUCCCUCGACGACCUGCGCAGCGGCCACGCGGGGGUCAACAAUGGCGGCGCCGGCGGCGUGCACGACGACUUCCUCGACCAGAUGUUCGGCAGCCUGCCGCCCUCGGCCUGGCACGACCUUGCCGCCGGGACCAAGCCCGAGGACGGCGCGCAGGCCGACGGGAUGCAGCAGCAGUUGUUUGGGGGCCCGUACGACGACUCGAUGAUGCUGGCGUCGCGGCUCCGGCAGCACCAGAUUAGCGGCGGCCCUGGCGGCGGCGCCGCCUCGGCGAAGCAGAUGGUGCUGCGGCAGCUCGCCGAUCUGAGGCAGGGCCACCACAACAACAUGCUCCUCCAGGGCAUGGGCCGCUCGCCGUCCAUCGGCGGCGGCGGCGGGGAGGGCGGCCUGCUGCUCCCACUCACCCUCGGCAACGGCGGAUCGGGCGGCGACGUGCAGGCCCUGCUGAAAGCCGCCGCCAAUUCCGCCGGAGGGGACGCCGGCGUCUUCGGCGGCUUCGCCGGAUCGCUCCAGCAACAGCAACAUUUUCAGCCACAUCCACAGCAGCAAACGGCGCCCAUGCCGAGCCAGACCUUUGGCGGAGUAGGAGGUGCUCCCGGCGGCGGGGCGCAACCACAACAACAAGCCGGGGGAGGAGGAGGCGGCGGCGCGCCGGCGCCGCCGAGGCAGCGGGUGCGCGCGCGGCGAGGCCAGGCCACCGACCCACACAGCAUCGCGGAGCGACUUCGCCGGGAGAGGAUCGCCGAGAGGAUGAAGGCCCUUCAAGAACUGGUGCCCAACGCCAACAAGACGGACAAGGCGUCGAUGCUGGACGAGAUCAUCGACUACGUCAAGUUCCUGCAGCUCCAAGUCAAGGUGCUGAGCAUGAGCCGGCUGGGCGGCGCCGCUGCCGUCGCGCCGCUCGUGGCCGACAUGUCCUCGGAGGGGCGAGGCGGCGCGGCCGGCGGAGCGGCCGACGGGAGCGACGGCCUGACGGUGACGGAGCAGCAGGUGGCCAAGCUGAUGGAGGAGGACAUGGGCGCCGCCAUGCAGUACCUGCAGGGGAAGGGCCUCUGCCUCAUGCCGGUUUCCCUCGCCUCCGCCAUCUCCUCCGCCACGUGCCAGCUCCGCCCCCCGGCAGCCGCGGCCGGCGGCCCCUUCACCGCCGCACAGCACAUGAGCGCCGCCAUGCGCAUGAGCGUCGGCGACGGCGGCGUGCCGGCGUCGCCGAGCAUGUCCGUGCUCACGGCGCAGUCGGCCAUGGCCAACGGUGGAGCCUGCGCCAACGACGGCGAGGGUUCGCAUCCCAAGGACGCCGCGUCCGUCUCCAAGCCGUGAGCGGAGCCCGCGACGGCCGCCGCGCCGCGCCACAUACGAACGGCGGACGAAAACCCUCGACGUCAUCGUCCACGGAUCCAUUCAUGACCCGGUCUCCGCUCCGCUCGCUUCCACGGUCGCAUUUCCACAGACCCGUGGGCUCCGUAGUGGGCCCAGCAGCUCCCACCAGGCCGCAGGCCCGGACCCCACUCUAGCGGCUGCAGCCCACGGGCAGCCCUUUUUUCUUUUUUCUUUUUCUUUUUCCUAAUGUUGCCAUUAUUUUCUUCCCCUUUCUUCUUACAUUAUUACUAGUUUUAUCAUAGCAUCAUGUUUGUUAUUUAACCUAAGUAUAUAUAUUGAUCCGGGUCGGGUACUUCUGGCUUUGCGCCAGCUUUAGCCUCUC